UCAAAUCCGAAACCUCCAGCCCUCCCAACCCAAACUGAUUAAAUUUGCAAAAUGGUCCUCAGACUUUUGUUGUAUUACGGUUAUCCCUCUACUUAGCCCCUUAAUACUCAAACCACUCUCUUAACCUUUUGCACCAAAGCUCAAGCACAGAGAGAGAGAGAGAGAGAGAUCCAGCGGACCCAGUAGAAGAAUAAGGUUCGCAUUGCGCUGAGCCAUAUGUAAUGCAGACCAAUUGAUCAUUUAAAGCCUUUCGCUUCUAAGUCGUCAAAGAAAUUUUCUAUCUGCUAGCUUUAUCUAUGUUUGGAGGUCUUGUGACUGCUCCUAGCAAUAGUCCACACUUAAGGAAGUCUGGAAGCAGACCAGUCGUUUUUGAUCUUGCUACAGGUGAGGUGGAAAAUGGUGUUGAGGAAGAUUUCUCACAUUCAAUGGAGACAAAUGAUUUGAAGAGUGCGAGUACACCAAUGAGCACUGCCGCCAUGAUGCCAUCGCCUAUUUUAUUAUGGAGAUUCAAGGUACUACUAUUCUUUGUCUGGGGUUUCAGUUGUUGCAAGAUUGGAUGGGAUUCCGUUAUGAGAAUGAGUGUGGACUUACGGGAUUUAUUUCUAUAUGAGGCAUUUUUGUAUUAUAAUCCUCUUCUACUCGUGACUUUGAUGGUUUGGCUUUGGGGAAUUAAUUUAUGGGUUUUUUCCCAAGCCAAUGUCAGUUAUGCAAAAAUUUUUGAUCUUGAUCAAAGUCAUCUAACUCACCGAGAAAUUUGGAAGUGUGCCACAUGGAUGACUAUUAUUGUCCCAACUAGCAUGACAGCAUAUCUGUAUCUUUAUUCUCAUGGAGAAGUACCUUUGGCUGCAUCACAACCAGUGCUCUUAUAUUGUGCUGUUGUGAUGAUAUUGAUAUUCCCAUUUGAUAUUUUUUAUUUAUCAUCCCGCUAUUACUUGUUAAGAACUCUUUGGCGAAUAGUUCUCCCCCUACAGGCAAUAUCAUUCUCUGAUUUUUUUGUGGCUGAUAUCUUGACCUCCAUGGCAAAGGUCUUCUCAGAUUUGGAGCGUUCAGUAUGUCGAAUGGUCCAUCGACAGGUUGCCACUAUUGCAUGGUUUGAAGCUGAUUCUGUUUGUGGCAGUCAUUCCCUUGCAAUUCCUUUUGUUCUUGUUUUACCAUAUCUUUUUCGUUUCUUCCAAUGUCUUCGACAAUACAAGGAUACUGGGGAGAAAACAACCCUUCUGAAUGCUUUAAAAUAUUCGACCGCAGUGCCAGUGAUUUUUCUAUCAGCCCUUAAAUAUCAUGUCUUCCCUGAUAGGUGGACAAACUUUUAUCGGCCUCUCUGGCUCAUCUCUGGUAUUUUGAACUCUUUGUACUCAUUCUACUGGGAUGUUACCCGCGAUUGGGACUGGAGCUUCACUCGGAUAUUCAAGUUCAGCAAACCACACAUCUUCUCACACCUGCUAUACGGACGAAAAUGGGUUUAUUUUUGGGUGAUGGGAAGCAAUCUUGUAUUGCGUUGGGCAUGGACAUACAAGCUUUCUGCCCAUCUUCGCCAUAAUUACCUUACGGUGUUUGCAGUUGCUGCCCUGGAGAUUUUCCGUCGCUUCCAAUGGGUUUUUUUUCGUGUAGAGAAUGAAUGGAAUAAAAUGAACUCCAAGACAAACAUUCAGCUCUCAGAAAAAGACCUGACAGAGGAGGAAGAGAAGUUACUUGUUUCUAAUGAGCACAAUGUAUAGCGAGCUAGAAACCCUGCCUUGAUAUCUCAGUACAAUGAUUUGGCAAUCGGGGAUUACCCUUCCAUUUGGGAUUUCAUUAUACAAAAGAUAUUACAAUUUUCCUUUGUUCAUAAAAGAAUAGGGAAUUCAAUCAUUAAAUAUUUACUCGAUAUGUAUCAAUUCAAUUAAUUGCAAUAUAAUUUUGUAUUGAUGUACCCUUCUAACUGGUGGGAAAAAAAAAAAAUAUUAGAAUGCUCUUCUUCCCAUGUGAGCAGUUUAUGAGAGAGUUCAACAUUGUUCUUAUAUAUCAUCACUUGGUCAUAUUUGUGUAA